AUGUGCGCUUUCGGGUUGCUCGCAUGGGCCGUGGUCGCCGCAUGCCAGCCCUUCCCGCGACCCGACCCGUCGAUCAAGUUCGGAUUCUACCGGCAGCAGCGCCUGCACCGCGACUGGUCGAACCUGAGCGACGGCGGCCUCGGCGCCAUCGUCGACCGGCUCGCGCGGCCGCGCUGCGGCGGCCGCUGCAGCGGCGCGCUGAGCGGCCCGCGGACGCCGACGACGCGCGCGAAGUUCCUCGUGCUCAUGGAGCACGGCCGCGUCGGCAGCACGUGGCUCGAGAUGCUCCUCGGGAACCACAGCGACGCGACGGUGAUCGGGGAGGACCUCGCGGGCAUGUGCUGCUGGUCCGUCGCCGAGGGCGCGGACCGCUUCCGCCGCUUCUACGAGCGCGAGGACGCGUCCGUCGCGCCGAUCAAGCUCGCGCAGCGCCGCGAGUCCGUCGCGGGCGCGAGAGCGUUCGGCGCGAUGCAGAAGUGGCAGCGGUUCCUCGACGUCGACGCGUUCGCGCGGCGCAACGCGACCUACGCGAGCCUCGCGGCGACCCUCGACGGCCUCCGCUUGAUCUGCCUCGCGCGGCCGAACCCGGCGGCGGCGCUGAUCGCCAACGUCGUCGGCGACGCGCACCAGGCGGCGUGCGGCACGCACGUCGUCCUCGAGAACGGGUCCGCGGCGCCCUGCGCCUUCGAGGCGCCGCGGGUCGACCCGUCGGACCCCCUCGUCGCCGGCCGCCUCGCGGGCCACCUGCGCCUCACGGAGGCCUUCCGGGAGACGUGCGCGGCGCGCGCGGCGAUCCAGCCCGUCUUCUGGCUCCAGUACGACGACCUCCGGUGCCGCGAGGCUGCGACGACGCGGGCGCUCCUGGCCUUCCUGGGCCUGCCCCCGGCGACGCUCCACGCGGAGAAGAUGCUCAAGCUCACGACGAACCGCUCCGAGCCGCCCGCGUCCGGCGUCGUCGCGGACCUCGCCCGGAGGCGCCACCCGCUCGGCGCGCUCCUCCUCGGCGCCAUCGACCAGGCGGAGACGUGCGCCCCGGACUGCGCCGGCGGCCCGGGCUUCUGCGCCGUCGCGCAGCGGAGGGCGCCGUCCUCCGCCGCGGCGCGGCGGGCCCCUUUCGGGGUCGUCGCGCUCGCGUGCCUCGCCUGGGUAUUACGCUAG